AUUGUGGAAGAUCUAUGUAAUGGGCAUACUGCACGGCUGUUCCAAGUAUUUAAUCACAUGGGCUCAGGAACAUUUGAGUAAACUGUGCCUAGCAAAGGAGCCAACAGCUUCUCCUUAAAAUAAAAUAGCUACUGAAGAUCACAGCACUGCAAGAAAGCUUGUUGUUCUAAGAAGAUAAAGCUUUAUUUGCCAGCAAAAAUGUCUGACAGAAGCCCCUUCGAAACAGAUAUGCUCACCCUCACCCGAUAUGUUAUGGAAAAAGGACGACGAGUUAAAGGAGCUACUGGGGAGCUGACGCAGCUGAUCAACUCCAUGCUGACUGCCAUAAAGGCCAUUUCCUCAGCAGUCAGAAAGGCAGGCCUUGCCCACAUGUUUGGGAUAGCGGGAAGCGUGAACGUGACUGGUGAUGAAGUGAAAAAGCUGGAUGUGUUGUCCAAUUCUUUGGUUAUUAACAUGCUACAAUCCUCCUAUGCCACCUGUGUCUUGGUCACUGAAGAGGAUAAAGAUGCUAUUAUCACUCCGAAAGAGAAGAGGGGUAAAUAUGUGGUGUGCUUUGAUCCACUAGAUGGCUCUUCCAACAUAGACUGCUUGGCACCCAUAGGAACAAUAUUUGCUAUCUACAAGAAGGCAGCAGAAGAUGAGCCGUCUGAAACAGAUGCCUUGCAGCCAGGACGCAAUAUUGUUGCAGCAGGCUAUGCUUUGUAUGGCAGUGCUACACUGGUGGCUCUCUCUACUGGGCAAGGAGUGGACUGCUUCAUGCUAGAUCCAGCUCUUGGUGAAUUCAUUUUAGUGGAUAAAGAUGUGAAAAUCAAGAAGAAAGGGAAGACCUACAGUCUCAAUGAAGGUUAUGCCAAGUAUUUUGAUCCUGCAAUGACAGAAUAUUUACAAAAGAAGAAAUUCCCUGAGGAUGGCAGUUCCCCCUAUGGUGCCAGAUACGUGGGCUCCAUGGUGGCUGAUGUUCAUCGUACGCUGAUGUACGGUGGGAUUUUUAUGUAUCCAGCUAACCAGAAGAGUCCUAAAGGAAAGCUCCGACUCCUCUAUGAGUGCAACCCUAUGGCUUUCAUCAUGGAGCAGGCAGGGGGGAUGGCUACCACUGGAAUUGAACCAGUGCUGGAUGUGAAGCCUGAGUCCCUUCACCAGCGAGUCCCUCUUAUUCUUGGUUCCCCAGAUGAUGUGCAAGAGUACCUUGCCUGUGUGCAGAAGCACCAGAAGAGCAGCUAAUGCAAUUCAUAAACCAGAUGUUGCUCAUGCACCUGCUUUAAUCCUUCUGCAGGAAAAAGAGAGUAAAUUAGACAACUUGGUUUCCAGGAGAUCAGUUCCCUCCUUUAAUUGACGACAAUAGAAAUCAUGAAGGUUAUUUCUAAGAAAAGAAGGUUUACAUUUUCUUUACACACAAAAGAAAAAAAAUCCUUUAGUUUCAGAUUGUACUGUAAUGCAACAGUAAAAGCAAAGGCCUAUUGUCAACACUAACAGCAACUAUUAGCUUCUUACUAACAAAAGUAGAAGAUUGUUUAGGUGACAGCCCAUUUUACCUGACAUAGCAAUAAUUGGAAUUUUGAGACAAAAUUCAACAUCCAGGACUUCACAUAGAGACAACUUAUCUGUCCUUUCUGUCCAAGUUUUUUCUGGCAGGUGCUUUUUAUCUUUAUCAUUAGACUCCCGAUCUCUGAGGUAUUGUGUUUAUGUUCCAAAUGAUAUUUGCCUUGGGUAAUUAAUAAAGAUGAAAACUGAA